AUGCAAAACGACGGCUUUGAGAAGGACGCCCAGCUCCUGAAUAUCAGGAAAGUCGAUCCAGAGUCCGGUGAUCCGAUAAAGGAUAACCCUGAUGAAAUCCGCGUAAUCUCGGACGAAAAUGCAGGGAUUAUGUACGUCGAAAGAGAGCAACAGCCUAAGCACGGAUGCACGGCGUGCCUUACUGUGCUAAUGGUCAUAGUUCUAAGUUCCGGGCUUCUUGCUGGUGCUUUUUGUAACUAUUUUCUAAACAACGUCCCAGAGACGACAGCUGCACCGCCAUGUCCUACCAUUGCAGCCGACAACAUGAUUAUUAACGCCAAGAGUAGAAUAAAAGAAGGAACUGAUAAAAACAUUUGUCUCACUAAGCAAUGUGUCAAAACUGGCGGGCGUAUGUUGGAAUACAUGGACGAAAGCGUCGAUCCGUGCGUCGAUUUUUACCAAUACUCAUGUGGAAACUGGCUACGCAAUAAUCCAAUCCCUGCUGAUAAGUCCAGGUACGGAGUUCUCGAUUUUAUACAGGAAAGUAACUCUAAUCUUCUGAAAUCAAUCAUGGAAUCCUCACCCGAAACAGUCCCGAGCGAAGCCGAGCGAAAGAGCCUUCAAAUGUACGCAGAAUGCAUGGACAUUGAUGCGAGAGACUCCCUCGGAGUACAGCCGGUUAUAGACAUGUUAAGUUCAAUGGGGGGCUGGAACUCCCUUGGCGAUAUCGAUGUACAUGUAUUGUCAACUAUAUUAAAAGAAUACAAUGUUAAACCUUUCUUUAAUGUAAUGGUUGGUAUCGAUGACUUCGACUCCACUCGCAGCAGUAUCAUGAUUGAUCAACCAAUGAAUGUUCUUCCUGACCCAAGCUACUACCUCCGAAAUGAAUCCCAUGAUGAAAUUAUUGUUGGAUACAAGGCGUACAUCAAUAUAAUUCUGACUGAGCUCGGACUUCAGGAACCAACUUUAUCGGACAUUGCCUCAGAAAUAUGGGACUUUGAAGUGGCGUUAGCUAAGAUUUUUACUCCAGAUGCUGAAAGAAGGGACAUUCUUAAAAUGUACAACAAAGUCACCAUCUCUGAACUACAGGGCAUCGCACCUGAGUUCGAUUGGCUGUCGAUACUAAAAACAGUUGCGUCUCCAACAGAAGUCGAUGACACAGAAGAAGUGAUCAUCUAUGCAACUGGUUACCUACAGCGCUUGUCCAGUCUCGUUGAGAACACGGAUCCCAGAAUCGCGCACAACUACAUGAUGUGGCGUGUUGCGUCAUCAUAUCUUGUGUAUACGUCAUCCAAAAUGCACGACGCGUACAAUCAGAUAAGUAAUACGGUAACCGGGGCGACGGCGGCGGAAGAAACAUGGAAAACGUGUUACGGUAUAGUUAGUACGUAUCUGGAUACGGCCGUUUCCGAAAUGGUUACUAGUAUAAAAACAGCAUUCAAGAGUAAUUUGCUUGAAGCCGUAGAUUGGAUGAGCGAUGAAACGAAGCACGCUGCUAUUGAAAAGGUAAACGCGAUGGGUGAGAAAGUGGCGUACCCUGAGUACCUUCUCGACCCGGAAGAACUAGACAGCCGGUACGAGGAGUUUGAAGUUGUUUCCGCCAGUUUCGUACAAAGUAUGGUAAAUUGUGCAAGUUUUAGCGUGAAAGUUAACAUGAAACAUCUUCAUAGACCUGUUGAUUUAACAGAAUGGCCUGUUGCACCACAAGUACUUAACGCAUUCUAUGUUAGCACAAUGAACGAAAUGGUUAUCCUCGCAGGUAUUUUACAACCAACCCUGUUCGACAGUGAAUCAUUAUGGGCUCUCAACUACGGUGGAAUUGGUUACGUCAUCGCUCAUGAACUCAUCCAUGGAUUUGACACACGAGGGAGACUUUACAACAAACAUGGUACUAUCGCCCCCUGGUGGUCGGAAGAAUCAAGUACCAGAUUUGAGCAACGUGCCCAAUGUGUGAUCAAUCUUUACGACGGUUAUGAAGUUGAGGGAACCAAUACACAUGUGAAUGGUAACUUGACCUUGGCGGAGAAUAUUGCUGACCUUGGAGCCAUUAGACAAUCAUAUAACGCCUAUAAAAGUUGGACGUCCAUGCACGGCGAAGAACAGCUACUACCGGGAUUGGGAAUGUCGAACGAACAAGUUUUCUUCCUUGCCUUUGCCCAAGUGAGUCAUUAA